AUGAGCGACAACACAAAAACCCAAAACGGAGAAGUGAAGCAAGAGAGGACCGACUCCAAUCAUGCCAAUAAUGGUGGUGGAUCACAGGAAACAACCCGUCAGGAUAGUAUCGAGCGGAUCAUGCAGCGCAAGCAAAAGGUGUACCAGCUUCCCCGUAAUCAAAAGCUGACAAAGCUUUCCAUGUACUCAUCCUGCCAGGCAAACGAGUGCCGUUGCAGUGGAUGGAAAACGCCGGAGGAGAAUCGUCAUAAGGAUGUGGAGGUGGAUUAUUGUCCCGAUUUCGGUGAAGAAUGCCGAAAUCCAAACUGCAAACACAGCCUGGAAACGCACAUCCAGCAUUUGGGUGACAUCACCGAAGAUCAGAUGAACGAAUUGUUGGGCGCAAUAGUUGAUGUAGAAAAUCUCUACAUGAGCAUGUUGCGGGAAACAGAUACCGACACGAAGAAAGUUUACGCUUAUUUGUUUCGUUUGUUGCGGCAGUGCAUCCUAACACGUACACAGGCAGUCAUUCGCGGUCCUUUGGGAGAUCCUCCUUUUGAGCAACCUUCGAUAUCGAAAGCGGUUACCAAUUUUGUGCUGCAUAAGUAUGGUCAUCUAUCUUCGUCCGAAUUGGACACCAUGACGGAUGUCGCUAAGACAUUUCUUCACUGUCUCAAUCACUGGAAUUUCGAAGCACCAAGUGCACGCCAGGAUCUGGUCAAUCAAGAGGAUGUCUCAAACUAUAAAAUUAAUUAUACGCGCUGGUUGGUGUUCUGCCACGUGCCAGCAUUCUGCAGCUCGUUACGCCAUUUCGAAACCUCGAUCGUGUUUGGGCGUACAUUACUGAAAGCCGUUUAUCAGUAUGUAUACCAGCAACUGCUGUCACGGUGUAAAACCGAACACGACCGUAUGCCGCCGGAGAAGCGCGUCAUGAUUCUGCAAUUGCCAAAAUUCCUCGAAGCGCUCAAGCAAGAAGUGGUGAACGAAGAUUCUCCCAUCUGGUCGUCUAACUUUAAGCCUCCUGCAUCGCUCCUGCUGCAUAAAAGCAAGCGCCAACACGAUGGAUCGACUUUGUCAGGGAGUGGCAAAAAGCUGGGAGAUGCGAAGCGCUACAAAAAGGAAUCCGAUUGUGAAGAUCUGUCAGACGAGGUUGUAGGGCGUGCGUUGAAACGAAUUAACGAUUCCAACUACAUAAGCCGUGCGGAGGUUGUUUUUCCACCAAACGCGCCCCGCGAUGAAGCGGCCAAAGCGGAGGAAAAUCGUCGGGAGAUUGAAUUUCAUGUAGUUGGAAAUUCGCUUACCAAGCCGGUGACAAAGCAAUCGAUGCUAUGGUUGCUCGGGUUGCACAGUGUAUUUGCACAUCAGCUUCCAGGGAUGCCGAGGGAAUAUAUAAGCCAGCUAGUGUUUGAUCCGAAACAUAAAACUUUAGCCCUAAUCAAGGAGGGCCGACCUAUCGGAGGCAUAUGUUUUCGUACGUUUGUAUCGCAAGGUUUUACUGAAAUUGUUUUUUGUGCCGUUACCAGCAGCGAACAGGUGAAAGGAUACGGGACUCACCUUAUGAAUCAUCUAAAGGAUUACAGCACUCAGCGUGGUAUCAAACACUUUCUCACGUACGCGGACGAGUUCGCGAUUGGAUACUUUAAAAAGCAAGGAUUUUCCAAAGACAUUAAGGUUGCACGUCACGUGUACGGUGGAUUCAUAAAAGAAUAUGAAGGAGCAACCCUUAUGCAUUGUGAAUUACAUCCCAGCUUGAUCUACACGCAAUUCAGCUCAGUGAUUCGGAAGCAGAAAGAGAUCGUAAAGGAAUUGAUCACGCAACGGCAACAAGAAGUACAAAAGGUGCAUCCAGGAUUGACCUGCUUCAAAGAAGGUGUCCGUAGCAUCCCAAUCGAGUCGAUACCGGGCUUACGGGAGGUAGGAUGGCGUCCUACGUUCCGAGCCCAGCGAACGGCACGUCCCCUCGAAGAGUCAGCCGAUCCAGAUAAACUGGCAAAUUCACUGAGCGGAGUGUUGCUUGCUGUGCGGCAACACACAGCCGCUUGGCCCUUCCUGAAACCGGUCAACCAGGCUGAGGUACCAGAUUACUACGAUCACAUAAAAUACCCGAUGGAUCUAAAGACGAUGACGGAGCGGUUGAAAAACAAGUAUUACGUCACGCGACGGCUUUUUAUGGCCGACAUGGCACGUAUUUUUACCAAUUGUCGAUUGUACAAUUCUCCUGAGACAGAAUAUUACCGGUGCGCCAACACCUUAGAGCGCUACUUUCAAACCAAGAUGAAAGAAAUUGGCUUAUGGGAUAAAUGAUGUCCGCUUAACAAGCUCGAUCGCGCAAAUCUUCGCACCGCCGGGAAGGAUGGAGACGAUGACGACGAUGAUCGCUCCGAGGAUGAUGAAGAUGAUGAAAAUACCGUAGACGACAGAGACACAGAUUGUGAUGGUGGUAUCGGAACCACGGAAGAAACGGUCACUGAUGGCAACAGUAAACGGGAAUCGAGUAAGAAACCUUCUGGAUCGGUCGGUGAUCAUCGUAAAACGUACAAAAAAGUCUCCAGUACAGACGAACGUCGUUACGUUUACCAGACGUACGGAAAUAUUUACAAUGCUCCGGAUGGCAAAGUAAGUUAUGGGAGAAAAAGUGUUCCAGGAGCUGUAGCACGACAUCUCAGCUCUGUGGCCACCAGUAACGUGCAGGCUAAAGAAGAUGUGGCCAUUCUGACCACAUCCGACAGCGACAGUGUCCUCGAUCGGGGAAAUCAUAGGGCACAGUAGAAAAUUGAAAUUUUGUGUUGAUUCAU